CACCUCAUGACGUAACGCAUGCUCAUCACGACCGCCCGUAUAUAUAAACAGCACCUCUCAGGCGGCAUGUAGGACAGCAUCAGCACUCGCCAUUCAGCAAAUCCAAGCAACAAAACCCGGCAUGUCCAAUCCCCGAUCUAACGCCAAGUCCAAGACCAAGUCCGACGACGAAGCCUACCGCGGCGGCACACUCGCCGAACUUUCCGCACGCGGCGGCACUCACAUCCCCGCGGACUCGGGCACGCAAAACGUCGUGCACUCGUCCGCCCGCGAGAAGCACUUCAAGACCGAUCCGAAGCUCGUCCACCCCUCCGCCGACAACAUGACCGAUCUCCCCGACAACCCGCAGGUCUCCGGGCUCACCGGCGAGGUGGUCACCCUAAUGGGUGACCAGCUACCGCCCGGCGUCGAGGGGAAGCAUGUCGGGCCUACCCAUGGUGGGAAACAGAUGAGGCCAGGGAAGCACACGCUGAAGGCUUCGCAAGGAAAAGAUAUUGGGGCAACUGGGCCUGGGCAUUACGAUACGCAGUAAGGUGAGGUGGUAGAGGGGGGGCGGUUAAUGUAUGAUCUGAAGGUAUUGAGACGGCGGUGGAGAUUUGACGAGCUUGAAUCAAGUAAGGUUUUCCAUAUUAAAGUGGUGAAAGUGGUGGAAUAAAUAGAUAUAUGAAUUGGAAGUCCUUUUCUCCUUG